AUGCCAAGCAUGGAAUUUCUGAUCUUAAGUAACAACAGCUUUUCUGGAAAUUUUCCAUCUUGGAUUCAGAACAGCUCAAAUUUGCUUUUCCUUGAUCUUGCGGUGAACAAGUUCUAUGGAACGUUACCCGCGUUGAUUGGAGAAUUGCUGAACUUGAAAUUUCUGCUGCUAAACCAUAACAUGUUUUAUGGGGAUAUUCGAGCCAACAUCACAAAUCUUAUACUACUUCAGUACUUCAGUUUAGCAAGCAACAAUAUCUCAGGAGCAAUUCCAUCGUCAUUGUCAAAAUUAAUAGCAAUGACACUAGAACAUCCACAGCGUGGUGGGACUAACUUGUAUGUUCAAGAGGACAUGAACAAGGACCUUUUGUCUGUGGUGAUGAAGCGGCAAAAUCUGAAGUAUGGCAUAUAUACAGUUUACGACAUGUUCGGCAUUGACAUUUCACUCAACCACUUAACGGGUGGAAUUCCAGAUGAGAUGACUUCUCUUAAUCGAUUGUAUACUUUGAAUUUAUCGUGGAAUCACCUGAGUGGAAAAAUUCCUAGGAACAUUGGGGCUAUGAAAUCACUAGAAUCACUCGACUUAUCAAGGAACAACCUUUCCGGUGAAAUCCCAACAAGCUUGUCAGAUUUGACGUAUCUAAGCUCCUUGGACUUGUCAUACAACAAUCUUGUAGGAAGAAUUCCGACAGGACGUCAACUUGACACCCUCUACGCCGAGAACCCGUCCAUGUACAGCGGCAAUAAUGGUCUUUGUGGGCCUCCUCUUAAAAAGAAUUGCCCAGGCAAUAAUGCUUUAGAGCAUGGUGAUCAGCAGAGAAGACAAAAUGGUUAUGAUCCAGUGGUAUUCUUCUACUUUGGGCUGACGGCUGGCUUUGUGGCGGGACUCUGGAUUGUCUUUUGUGCUCUUCUGUUCAAAAGAGCAUGGAGGAAUGCUUAUUUCCGCCUCUUUGACAAGCUACAUGACAAUGUGUACGUGUUUGUUGUUGUUACUUGGGGCAUGAUAACCAGUAAGACAACUACAAGUUAA